UUCGAAGAUUCAGUAUCCUGAAAGGUGUCACCUCUUUUCCAGUCCCAAGAGUUCCAGUUUAUCUUAAAGUCUGGAGUCAUCAGACCUUCAACCUCUUCAGCAUCUGUCCCAGCACAGGAAUGCUCUCAAUAUUGGUCACCGUGGGCUUUCUCUGCACAGCCACUGCCAUUGCUGAAGUAAUGGAAGUGACUCAGCCAGCAAUGGUGCUGGCCAACAGGCAAGGAGUUGCCAGCUUGGUGUGUAAAUACAAGAACAUCGGGAACGCAAAGGAAAUUCGAGUGACUUUGCUUAAACAGACUGGUGACCGGUUCACAGAAAUCUGUGCUUCAUCGUACACCAUGGAGUUUAAAACAUUCUUUGUGGAAGAGGUCAUUCAGUGCCAUGUUACUCCCGGCCAAAACAAUGUGACCCUCACCCUGGCUGGCCUGCAAGCAAAUGACACUGGGCUUUACGUUUGCAAAAUGGAGCGGAUGUACCCCCCACCCUAUUUCAUGAACAAGGGAAAUGGGACACAUCUCUAUGUCAUUGAUCCAGAACCUUGUCCAGACUCUGCCAUAUAUCUCUGGGUAUUAGGAGCUACUGCCUCGGGAUUUUUUCUUUACAGUGUCAUCGUCUCAGCCAUUCUUGUGGGGAAAGCGAUAAAGAGAAGACAAUGUCUCACUACUGGAGUCUAUGUGAAAAUGCCUUCUGAAAAGCUAGAGAAAAAAGUGAUUCCAUUCCACAUCACUGUUAACUGAAACAAGGAAGGAGAGAAACCAUUUCCUAGCUGGGAUGGAGAGUCUGCUAAUUUAUUUCAGUUAAAGAAAUUAAUUAACUGUCUUUUUACAAAAGGUGUACAGGAAGGUGAGAGAAUAUUCUUUGUAACUUCAAUGAUUUGAAGAAGAAUAAAUAGUAUAUGUAU